GAUCUCAAACCGGAAGAGGCUGGAAAAGACGCGUGAUAUGUGAGGUUAGAGCUGCCGGGAGUGCGGGAAGACCAGAAGAUGCUGCGCAGGAAGCCGACUCGCCUGGAGCUGAAGCUGGACGACAUUGAGGAGUUUGAGAGUAUCCGGAAGGACCUGGAGAGUCGGAAGAAGCAGCGGGAGGAGGUGGACCUGUCCUCCAGUGAGCCGGACGCCACCGCCGCCCCCCUCAGCGCGGAUGCCAAGACGCGGGAGCAGACCAUACACGAACGAAUCGGGUACAAGCCUCAGCCCAAACCCAACAGUCACAGCACCCAGUUUGGGAACUUUGAGUUUUAGCAUCGGGGUCUCCGGAAGGUGAGACUUUUGGGAUCCUUCAUUGAUGGCGCAGAAGAGCGGAGACUUCUGGGUAAUGACUGCUGUAUGACCGGAUGACUGCUGUAUGACCGUAUCACUUAUCCGGAUCUGCAGAACUUAAACCUGGAUAUGGGAAUUAUAAGAUGAGGUGGAAUGUGAACCCUAAUGGUCGGCGUUAAAGGGACCUUCACGCUGUAUAAAGGGGGACUCUGACGCUAUAUUGCACUUUAUUUUUGGAGGUUUUUGUCUCCUCCUCUAGUUCAGUUUACUAGGUUGUUUACACAUAAAACAUUAGCCUGAAAUAUGGCAGUAAAGGGGCAGGAGAACACUUUGGGCGUCAUCACUUUUCAAGCAAGGAGACUUCAGCUGUUGCAAGACUAAAACUCCCAGCAUCUGGCGGUCAACAGUUUGUAGACCACUAGACUAGAGUGAUUUCGGCUGUCCGGGCACGCUUGGAGUUGUGGUUUUGCAACGUCUGGAGGUCCACAGUUUUGGGGACCACUGGAUUAGAGUGACUUCGGCUGUCCGGGCAUGCUGGGAGUUGUAGUUUUACAAUAGCUAAAGUCACUAAAGGGGUAGAAAAGGGGCAGGAGUACACUUUGGGUGUCAUCAUUUCUCAAGCAAGGAGACUUCAGCUGUUGCAAGACUAAAACUCACAGCAUGCUGGGAGCUGUAGUCUUGCAACAGCUGGAGGGUCACGGUUUGGAGACCACUGGCUUAAAAUGUCUCAUAUAAGAUACUUGCAAAGCACAAUUCUUUUGUACUGCAGCCUGGAAGGACCUGGAGGUAAGAAAGCACAAACUACUCCACCCAUCAUCUCUGAUGGAUAAGAUGCGGCCCUUGGGUAAUUCUGCGGGGCUACUGUAUAGGGGAGGAUCUCCAGAUGCUGCUAAACUACAACUCCCAACAUCUGGAGGUCUGCAGUUUGUAGACCACUAGACUAGAGUGAUUUUGGCUGUCCGGGAACGCUUGGAGUUGUGGUUUUGCAACAUCUGGAGGUCCACAGUUUUGGGGACCACUUGAUUAGAGUGACUUCGGCUGUCUGUGCAUGCUGGGAGUUGUAGUUUUACAAUGGAUUAAGUCACUAAAGGGGCAGGAGUACACUUUGGGUGUCAUUUUUCAAGCAAGGAGACUUCAGCUGUUGCAAGACUACAACUCCCAUCAUGCCCGGACAGCCGUUGGCUGUCCGGUCAUGCUGGGAGUUGUAGUCUUGCAACAGCUGGAGGUUCACAGUUUGGGGACCACUGGCUACGGCCGUCUCAUAUAAAGAUACUUGCAAACCCCCGUGCUUUGUGCUGCAGGCUGCUAUCCACCCCCUCCAGCCCUUAUUGAAGACAAAAAAAUCACAAAUGUGGGUAGAAUUACUGCACCCGGUACAAUACCGCCAUCUACCACAAGAUGUCGCUCACAUCCAGCUUUAAUUAAAAAAAAAUAAAAAAAUUUAAUAGUUAGAAAACAUGAAUUUGCAUAAUUGUCAGUAUUAAUAUUUUCAUUUAAAGAACAGUUUUUUUAUUUUAUUUUUUUGAGGCAUCAACUAUUUGAAGAAAAAAAAUAUUCAACAUUUAAUGAAACGUUCCCAUUUUUUAAAUAUAAAAAAAAUGUAGAUUUCUGCAAUCUAUAUUAAAUGUCACCUGUUGUUCGUUCUCGAUUCUG